CAGGAUCAUGACAUAGAAAACCCUUGUUUGCUCUCUGUCACAUUAUUUUACAUAUAUGAAUUCACUUAUUUUCUUUGGGGGUAAUUAGUUGUUUUUACCAAACCAAGGGAUUUUGAUGUUAUAAACACGGCCCAAUGACAUAGCCACAGUGCAAGGGAUGGUAAUCAAAAUAAUGUGUUCAUAAUGUGAGAUUUUUUUAAUUAUUAUUAUGAAGCUCUGGUAGGAAACUGUUAAGUCUAAUGAUACAUCUAAAUUACUCGUAUGACAGACAGUUUGUAGGCCUUAUUGCUUGCAGAUUUGUGAGGAAACGGCUAAACAUGUGAUACAGAAUGUUACUCUGUAUGGCGGUCCUGAAUGCUAGUGUCUGCAUUAUAAUCAAACAACCUCCCUCAAGUAAAGGGAUCGAUGUCUUUAGUGUACCUUGCUCACAUUAAUCAUAUUUUAUUAUAAGUUGCAAUGCAACGUCGUUGCAUUAUAGGCUUGGUGAGAAUCGAGCUACUUACUUUUUACGCAGUGGUAAUAGCGAAAACCAUGCGCAAAAAAACAUAAGACAGUUGUGUAUUUCUAAAUGUGAUUAUGGAUCUAAAUGUAGACCCCCCCCCCCCCCCUCAUUACGGGUUGAGAACAGUUUAUAAACAAAAUUAAGAUUCGCUUGGUCCCAUAAAUUAAAGCUAUUCUGCCAGUAGUCGUCUUUCUCCCAUCGUGGACAAAGAACGUCUCUCCAGGUUCGGGAAAUUCACAACGAUUAAGUUCUCUCAUGCGGUUUAUUGAUUUCCAGCAAAAGAAGAACACACAUAAUUGUUAGAAAUUACAGUUUUCCCGAUUCCUUAAUUGUCACCAAACCACCCAUAUCUGUUGAGACAACGCUCUGUUAAACCCAGCAGCGGAGUGACAGCAGCCGGUCUAGCGUUGUGUUAAGAGGCGGGGGUUGUGCAGCGGCAGCGGUCGGCAGAUUAGGACUGUGCUCAGGAUCAGUGAGCAGACUCGGCUCGUCUCCCUCCCUCCUCUCCCGACAGCCACUAGUGCCGAUACCCAUCUCCUCUAUAAGCAAUUGUAUUGUUUCUGCAGGCACAAUUAGAUACCGGAUUGGUGUGAACAAUUAUAUAAUUUACGUCUGCAGUCGCGACACCGCUAGGUUUGUUGUGUAUAUAUAAAGCGCUGCUUCUUGCAGGCAUUCAGGCAAAUGUCUCCUCCCCCUUUGAGUUAAGUCAGUGCUAUUUCCCCGCUCGUCUCCUAUUGUCACCAUAGGAAAAAGGUUUUUGACCCAUAGCAAUCAACUAAAGUCGAGUGCCGUGCCUGAAGUGUACAUGUCCAUGUUUAUUCUGUGUAUAACGACCCGUGUUAUUAAAAAGAGUCUGCGUUACUGUGGUGUGAAUGCUGUGCUUGGUUCGGGGUUUAGAGAGACCGGGCUGUAAGUAGGUCGGGCCGGGUUUAAGCGGCUUAACUACGUCAGCCUAAGCUGGGAGGAAUUCAUUGUAGAGCCCUCCGCGGUAGGCGGGGGCCUAAACGAGGCUGGCCUAGUUAAGCCUGAUUCUUAUUGUGUGCAGUCUGUUUUUGUUGUGCAACACAGCAGAGAGGACCAAAGGCAGCGUGUAUAGGUUCCCAUGCAUGCAAGGCAUGGAUUGGUUUUGAUUGGGAAAAACAGGAAACGAACGUUUUUCUGUUUAAGAAUUAAACCGGUAUCAGCUUCAUCGCCCUGGACAAAGACAAGGACAGCUGGAGGCCAUUAUUACGAUCAGGGACAAAGGGAGCUCGGGUGGAGCGGCGAAGAGUUAAAGUUCACAAGUGGGGCAAUUGAAAGGUGUCUGAUCAGAGGCACUAUUUUGCCCCGCGUCGGCCCUGCCAUGCUGUGAAGAUGGCAUCGAGCUCCUUGUUUCUGUCUAGCAUGGUGGGCAAGUCGCGCUCCUCCAACUUCACCCUCUCCGAGAAGCUCGACCUGUUGAAGCUGGUGCGCCCUCAUGUGCGCAUUCUGGAGGAGCACACCAACAAGCAUGCCGUCAUCGUAGACAAGAACAAGUGUUGGGACACCGUGGCCGACCAGUACAACUCGCUGGGAGGGGACAGACCCCAGCGCACCGCUCAGGGCCUCCGGACUCUAUACAAGAGACUGAAGGAGUCGGCCAAGCAGGAGCUGAUGCAGAGGAGACACGCCCAGCCCGAAUACAGGGGGAGCAUUUCGGAGCCAACCAGGAGGGUGAUGGAGAUGAUUCCUCAGUUGUUUCACCACGUGCCCGUACAGGAUAAAGACCAAGCGCUGCGCAGGUUAAUAUACAACAAACACAACUCUCCCAUUGAGCACCCGGCCAGCAGCUCCUCUCUGCCCGGCCUGCAGGAUUACCCAGCAGCCCUCCCGCUUGCCCACAAGCUGGUCCAGCUGGAGCCCGAGGAGGAUGUGAAGCCGCCUCCCGAGCUCCCCGUCCUACCCCUCGUCACGGGGCCGGAAGGGGUCAGGGAACAGGAGCAGGUAGGCAACGUUGACGACGAGUCUCUGGUCAGCGUGCAGGACUACGAGCCGUCCCUGUCCCCCGCCCUGUCCACCUCCUCGGUCAACAUCCCCCUCUCCGGGUCACCACUGGUGGACCCCCACCACGACCUGUACCCCAACGUCCUGUACCCCCACGACCACCUGGAGCACGAGCGCUUCCGGCCCCACCACUUCGCCAAGGAGGAGCACGAGCUGGUGCUAGCCAACCACCAGAAGGUGGCGGUGUACCUGGAGGAGAAGAGGGAGGGGCUGAAGAGGAAGCAGGAGCUGGAGGAGGAGCUACUGAGAGCCAAGAUCAAGGUGGAGCGGCUGAGGGCGGCCAGACUGAGACACGGGCUGCCUCUGCCUCUAUAGCACAAGCCUGAGGAGACACAGCCUGCCUUUGGUAGCAAUGCCCUUAAACUCUUGAACGGGACCCACAAUGGGUCGCGGUCCGGUUGGAGGUGGGUCGCAACCCCCAAAACACGGGAGUGCUCAGAGUGUGUGGUCGGGACCCAAGGACACACUGAAAUGGUCUUUUGGUCCAGAGAUGAACGUGUGGAGGAACCUCUGCUCUAUAGCACACAUAAUGGCACCCUAAGUCUGAGGAGGGGACUGAAGAAUCCCUCAGCCUCAAUGGAUGAAUAUUUUCUUAGUUUUGCUUGAGACCUGUUUUAGCCCAAAAUACUUUUGAGGGCCGUAGUCUAACGAUGCAUUGCCUACAGCCCGAUUUUCAUCAGAGUAAUUCCAAUCAUCCAAAACAUUUUUGUCAUAUUUUUAUGGCAGAUACGACCAUAUUACUAAUGACCUGCCAGUACAAAACCUUACUAUGCUCAAAUGUAAGGGAAUGAACCGUGUGAUUAGGUAUUUUCUACAUUUCAGAAUGUGUAUUUGCCCCUGUUGGGUUAGUUUAGUGACUGGCCAUUUUUUAUUAAUUUGAGAACAGUUUGCAAAGAAGAGCUCAAGCUAGUUCCUACAAGGUUUGAGAAGCAUGCAAAGAUUGGAAAAAUAAGCCUUUCAAUGCAAUCCUUAAUUAUUUUGAAGAUGAAUGGACAUUAAGACAUUAGCACUGUGAUACUUCUGUUUUGGUGGGAUGAGCCCUUCCACUUCAAGGCCUUGACAAGACAUUUGUGAUGUCUUGUCAACAGAAAUCCUCAUAUGGAGAUCUAAAAUAAAUAAAUAACAGGGAGCACAUGGAAGCUUUAUAUAUUGAAUGGAAUCUUUGAUGUGUGAUGUUGUUUAAAUGUUGUGCUAAUAAUGGUACAAGAGUGUUCCUCUGUCCCAGUUCAAUGUUCAUGCACUUAUUAAAAAAUAAUUAACCGUU